GCCAUUCCCUGCGCAAGUUAUCCUCCUCCGCUUGCGACACCUUCCCAUAAACGGCGCACGUUACCGAAACCCGAAAAAAACCCCUCAAUCGUCGUAUGGGGUCGACGACAACGGCGGUUCAACCGGGUCGGAUCCGGAUCCUCAAGAAGCCCUCUUGGCUACUUCCGGAUCAAACGCCGGGUCCCGUAGUUUACUGGAUGUUCAGAGAUCAACGGCUGAGAGACAACUGGGCUCUGAUCCACGCCGUCGAUCUGGCGAACAGGACCAACGCGCCGGUGGCUGUCGUGUUUAAUCUGUUCGAUCAGUUCCUCGCCGCAAAGGCGAGGCAAUUAGGGUUUAUGUUGAAAGGUCUCCGCCAGCUUCACCGUCAAAUCGAAUCUCUUCAGAUUCCGUUUUUUCUGUUACAGGGAGAUGCGAAGGAGACGAUUCCUGAAUUUAUGAAAGAGUGUGGGGCUUCACAUUUGGUGACUGACUUCUCGCCUUUACGGGAGAUAAGAAGCUGUAAAGAGGAGGUUGUGAAGAGAACGAGUGUUUCAUUAGCGAUACACGAAGUUGAUGCACACAAUGUGGUUCCAAUGUGGGCUGCUUCUGGUAAGUUGGAGUACAGUGCUAGAACGAUACGUGGUAAGAUCAACAAACUGUUACCUGAGUACCUCGUUGAGUUUCCUGAGAUUGAGCCGCUGAAGAAGAAGUGGGUAGGGGUGGGGGAGAAGGUGGUUGAUUGGGAUAGCCUCAUCGAUAGAGUUGUAAGGGAGGGUGCGGAAGUUCCUGAAGUUGGAUGGUGUGUGCCUGGAGAGGACGCAGGCAUGGAAGUAUUGAUGGGGAGCCAAGAUGGGUUUCUGACGAAAAGGUUGAGGAACUAUUCAACUGACAGGAAUAAUCCUGUGAAGCCGAAAGCACUCUCUGGUCUCUCUCCUUAUCUGCAUUUUGGACAGAUCUCAGCUCAAAGGUGUGCCUUAGAGGCACGUAAAGUCCGGAGUACUUACCCUCAGGCAGUUGAUACGUUCUUGGAAGAAUUGAUUGUACGAAGAGAACUCUCUGACAAUUUCUGCUACUAUCAACCUCACUAUGAUUCUUUGGAGGGAGCUUGGGAGUGGGCACGCAAGUCAUUGAUGGAUCAUGCUUCAGAUAAGAGAGAACACACUUACUCGUUGGAGCAGUUAGAGAAGGGACAAACAGCAGAUCCUCUAUGGAAUGCUUCACAGUUAGAGAUGGUUUAUCAGGGGAAAAUGCACGGUUUCAUGAGAAUGUAUUGGGCAAAGAAGAUUCUAGAAUGGACUGAAGGACCUGAAGAGGCUCUCUCAAUCUCCAUCUAUCUAAACAACAAGUAUGAGUUAGAUGGUCGUGACCCGAGUGGAUAUGUUGGGUGUAUGUGGUCCAUAUGCGGCGUUCACGAUCAGGGAUGGAAAAAGAGGCCGGUCUUUGGGAAGAUACGGUACAUGAACUACGCGGGUUGCAAACGGAAGUUUGAUGUGGACAGUUACAUCUCUUAUGUUAAGAGUUUGGUGUCAGUAACAAAGAAGAGGAAAGCUGAAGAACAGCUCACCAGAGACUCUAUUGACCAUUCCAAAGCUAAAUAGUACUACUACUUAAGUCUAAACGUCCUUUUGUUGUUGUUGUACAAUCUUGCUCUGUGUUUGACGAGACUGUUAAAUGUUAACCAACUUUUAAAUGUCUGUGGACCUCAAUAUUACUUCUCUAAAACUUACUUUUAUUCA